AUGGCCGAUUCUGAAACCACCCCUCCUGCCACGAAUGGCGCACAAAAGGCUCGUCCAGAGAAGCCUGAUGAGGCCAAGUUCAAGGCCGAUGUAGCUAAAGCCGAGAAAGAGCACGAAGCGGCUCAGGCAAGAUUUCAAGCUGCCAAGAACAAGUUCGACACUGCUCGACCCGGAAAGUCCUCUCCUGCGAAUGAUCGGUUCAGAGAACUCGUCGAGGAGCAAAAGGCCAUUCGCCAGAAGCAGCAGGAACACAAGGCAAGCAAGGCAGGGCUUCAAGAGAAAUACAACAAGAACGAAUCCGAAAUCAAGAAGUGGAUCGCCGAGCAAAAGGAUGCUCGUUCUCGAGCCGGUUUCAAGAGCGUCGAAGAGAUUGACGCCAAGGUUGCCAGCCUCACGAAGCAGGUCGACUCGGGCAACAUGAAGCUCGUUGACGAAAAGAAGGCUCUUGCCGAGAUCUCUGCCCUCAAGCGCCAGAAGAAGACAUUCGGGGGCCUGGAUGACUUGCAAAAGAAAAUCGACGAGAAGAAGGCCGAGAAUGCCGAGCUCCGAAAGUCCUUUGACAACCAAGAAACUCGGGAGCUGUCGCAAAAGUAUGAGACCAACCAAAAGGAGCUUGACGAUAUCAAGGCUACUCGCGAGGAUGCCAACAAGAACAUUGACAACCUCCGAGCAGAAAAGGACAAACGUUACCAAGAGCAAAAUGCUACCUGGGAAGCCAUCAAGUCGAUCAAGGACGCCUACCAUGCUCAGCGCAAGGCUUACAAGGAGUACGAAGACCAACUCUACCAGCAGCGACGUGAACGCCAGAAGGCUGAACGCGAGGCAUAUGAUAAGGAAAAGCGCCGCCGGAUUGCCGAGCAGAAGUUGGAGGAGGCCAGUGAACCCGCCUUCUUGGACGAGAUCCGUACCGCAGAAGGUCUCAUCCGCCACUUCGACCCCUCGUACGCUACCGAGGGUGGCGAGAAGGGACCUGGCCAAUUUGCAGCCACUGCUCAACGCACUGUUGACGAGUCCGGGUUCAAGGGUAUGAAAGUGAUCAAGAAGGACGAUGAAGACUUCUUCGUUGGCGGCGGAGGCAAGAAGAAGGGCAAGGGUAAGAAGGGCGGUGCGGCAUCGUCUAAUGAAGGACCCUUGAACCUGAAUGUUGGUAUCUUUGAGGAGCUGGCCAAGGUUGGCGUUGACCCACCGAGCGCACAAGCCGACGUGCCUGUUGUUGUAGAGAAGUUGAAGGCCAAAGUGGCUGACUGGAAGAAGGAACAGAAGACCCAGACGGAAAAGAACAUUGAAAAGGCCCGGAAGGAGAUCGAGAAACUGGAAGUCGACGGCACUGAGGCACCGGCUGCUGCUGCGUGA